GAUCAUACAAGUCAACAUUGGGGCGAAUCAGAGUGAGUUAAAGUAGAGGGGAGUACUCAUGCUCGUCUUGCCCCAUCUAAUAUGUGUUUCGAAACAGGUCGAAAAGAUUAAGUAGGACGAGUUAGAUUCGAAACUGCUAUCCUUGACUAUAAUUUGAAAACUCAUACAAUUAGGGUUCAUUUGAAAGUUGGACUUCUAAAUUAUGUAUUUAGACAUUGCAUGUAACAAUGAGAAUUUAUCGUUUUCCCUCCUCAUAGCAUGAAAUACAAUACUUGUAUAUUGAGUAUAACAUGAGACCACCAAAAUUAUUCAUUACAGAUCAAUCUCAAUUAUGUUGAGGGAUUAAAAACCUCAAUAUUUUCUUAUUCAUUUUUUGGAAGACCACAAAAAUCAUUCAAUGUUUAAAUAUUAUAUUUUUUUAAAUUCAUAUGUUUCAAUGUAUUUAAUUAGAAUACAUGAAUGAAUUAGAUGCGUAAAUUUAGAGAAUUUUAACCUAACUUAAUGUCACUUUCAAAAGGGCUGGUAAAAGUUCCAAGUUACGUGGGGUUGAAGUAAUAUUCAAGAAAGGAUAUCUAGUAGGAUCCAAUUUAUCGUGGCCACGUUCAUGUCCCAAUUUUGUUGUUAGUCGGCUCUUGCGUCUAUGAUCUAUCCACACAACACACUUCCACUUCCUUUUGACAACGCCAUGGACGUCCAUUAUUAGAGGAGAGCCAAAGAAGAUGGCAAAAAUGUCCCCCAAAUUAAAGAGCUUCCAACUCCACUCGCGAGUUGAACUGUUUUCAUUUGUUGAUUGGACUGCUGACUCUGAUUAUGAGCUGAAAUAUGUUGAAAUUAGUGAGUUGGUUUUGUAUAAGUUUGAGAUGUUAUGUGAUCCAAGGUUCAAUUUCACUGCAUAGCAUUAUGGAAAACAAGAAAAUUUUGGCAAUCUCACACCUACUUCCUUGCCACCCCAAGUGAUUUGUGUCAAUUGAGUCCCCAUUUUUUAUCAACGAGACGUGUAAUUCUAUUGCAUCGAAGUUCAAUGAGAACAAACUCUCUGGGUAAUCUUUUUUUGCCUGACAGAAACGCUUCAACAGCAACAAAAGCCUACGUGGAAGAGAGACCAAUUUUGAUUGUUUACAUGUGGAAAAAGGGAACUCCAAUUGCAAAAGAACAAACUUUUUCUGAUAGCUCAACAACCCCCAAGCUCGAACUCAUCAAUCCCCUCUUUUAAAAUCAAACUCUCUGCCACAAAAACCAUUGAUAUCAAAACUCUCUCUCUCUCUCUCUUUCUCUAGGAUAUCAACCAGUGAAGAGAUUGUUAAAAAGCCGGCUUCUUUCUCUCUCUGUCUUCAUUCCCAGGCCAGAACUUGUUACAGGUUAGCUUUGCUUUCACUUCCUCUGUUUUCUUCUCUGCAUGUCAAUGGGGUCUGUUGGUGUUGGGGGAGAGGGAUGAAACCCACUUUGGGAUUUUCUGGUUAUUUACAGAAGAAAAUAAGGAUAGGAAGAAGAUAAUCAAUGGUGUUCACUUGAUCGAGAAAACUAUAUAAAAAAAAGUUAAAAGCUUACUCUGUUUUCUCCCCUUCAGUUGGCUUCUUGCUCUGUUCUAGCAUGCUCUCUUUUUUUUUUUACUACUUUGAACACCAUGGAACCAAGAAGUAAUUGUUGCGUGAAAGCAUGUUAUUGAAAAGAUUGGUGUUGCUUAUGUCCAUUGAGUUGGGAAUUAAUCUCUCCCCUUCCCUCCACUUACAAACAAAAACAAAUCAACCACUGGUUUUUAGCGGUUCGAACGACAAAGCACGAUAAUCGUAAGGUGAUCGGUUCGAAUAAUCCUUGUAUUUACUUUACUGUGUUCCUCAUUAUGCAUCUAUAUAUUUGUCCAAAAUACCAGCCAUCUUAAUAUUACUCUCCUCAAACACAUUUUAUACGAAAAUUCUCUCGUCGAAUCCAAUGCAUUAGUGCUGGUACGAUCUUCAACCUAAUCUAGGUCAGAAUUUCUUGAACUCGCAAUGAGCUCGUUGUGCAUCUACAAAGUAAUAUUGUUGAAGUUGGUGGGUGCGGCCUUUGAUGCUGCCAUUUUCUCAUUGACUAAUGAAUGAUCUCAUUCUCAUUCGAAUUAUUAUAUUAAUUUGUUUUUCAUUUUUUGAUCCUCUUCUAUAUAGCUUGGGUUGGUGAGGGUUGGCAUUUUAUGGACAGUGGAUUUGGUUUGCAAUUUAUAUUUUAUUACCAACAUCCUGCUCGUCUUUUGUGCUUGGAAUGCAUGUUUUUUUUUGUACCAAUAUCUGUUUGUUUGUUGUAAGUAGUUGGUAAAUUGAAAUAAGAAAUGAUUUUAGUGGAAGUUUGGGUGGUCAUUGUGUUGGACAAUGAAAAAGCGAGGACCAAAAUGCAACUAAAAGUUACUAUAAUGGUGGAUAGACUUUGCUUUGUCAGCAAGCGACCAAGCAAUUGAGUAGUGGACGACAAGUGAAGUGACAACAUAACCCCAAAUAGAAAAGGAUAAGAACCAAAUGAAAUGCUUUGUCUAGUAUUUCAAGUUGUUUCUCGAAUUACAACACAUAAGCUCAUGCAAAUUGAUAAUGAGAAGAAUCAUAUAGGUUCUUAAAUUAGCUAGAGACUGACUGAAGCCAGUUAAGAAAACAAGUGAUUUAUGGUAAUACAAGUUGGUGCUACGAUUGAGGAAUUAGUUCGAUUCGAAUCAUAUAGGAGGUAUAAUGAGUAUUCCAAAUGAGCUAAUUAAAAUGUCUACAUGACAUUUAUACUAUUAUUAUUAGUUUGAACUUUUAAUGAGUUGACACACUAAUCUGACCAAUGCGGAUAAAUAAUUUUUUUUAAUGAAAAUGAAUAUAGUAAUUGUAUUUUGAGAUACUUUUAUGCUUUUAUUGAUAAAUUUGUUAAAAACUAAUAUUGGCUUUACUAAUUUGUCAAUAAACACCAAAAAAUUUAGUAACCAUGAUGUAAUUGAAAAAGGGUUUUGUUGCUCCACCCUAUACAUUUUCCUCUUUUAUCUUUUCAAUCCAAACAAAACCUUACCUAUCAAGAAUUUGGUUGAGUUGUUCCCUCUUUGACAAAAUCCAACCAUAAUUUCUGCGUAAAUAAUAUCUCCUCUCUCAUGUGGUAGCCUACCAACAUUGAACUUUUUUCUUCUAUCUAGUUUGUUCUCAUUCAAACCAUUGAAAUUGCCAAAUGCAUCCUCCAAAGUUAUGGGGUUUCUUGACUAUAUAAACCUUUUAUUAAAUUCCUUAAUGGGUUUUGACUCUUGAUUGAGUCACCGUCCUCAGAUUAACUAAUUGAGUAAGUCACAUUAAGGUAUUAUUAUUUGAUUUAUUUCCCACUUUUAUAUACUACCAUGGAAUCUCAACAAGAACCUCAAGUGGUCCAUGAAAUCCUAAUUGUAGUAUUAAAAUGAUUUUAGACACUAACCUUCAUAAUUAAUAGCAAAAUUCAUUAAAAGGAAUACCAACUGGAAAGUUUAUAAUUUUAUUAUAGAUUAUAUUCCCUCAAUUCAGUCAUUUCCAUCAUGGCCUCCUGGACUCUGCACGUUGAAAGUUGUCAUUAUUAAGUAAUGUGGGAAUCUUGACAUGAAAUUUUCUUCAAAAGCCAACAAGAUCAAAUCAAACCAUUUUUUUAACUUCCCCAUCAAGCAAAAUGAUUAUUCUAUUUGCUUACCAGCUUUUUCCUUAAAUCCCUGUCCAUUUGCACAUCUUCCAUUGUUGUCUGUUUGUCUCAGACCUUUCUUUUCUUUUCAACUCUGGUCUUAGCCAUGGUGAUGAAGGAUGAGUAUGUUGAAGAAGGCCAAAACAAAGCUGCAACAACAAAGGAGGUGGAUCAAGGGAAGCUUCCUGCAUUGACAUGGCAGAGGAAGCUCAAUAGUGAACCAACCCUUCCUUUGCCAUUCAACCUUACUUUCAGUGAUGUUGCUCAUAUGCUCCCAAUUGGGGUGAGGUUGAUUUUUCACACCAGGGCAGAAGCUGCAAAAGGCAGGGAAACCAUAUUUGAUUUUCUCAGAAAGCACAAUAUCACCGGUGAUCAUGGCCUCCCUUUAGGCGGUUUAGGAACAGGAAGCAUUGGAAGAAGCUACAAGGGGGAGUUCCAGCAUUUCAAGUUACUCCCUUUGGUACAUGAAGAAAAGCCGGUUCUGGCUAACCAAUUUUCGGCCUUUGUGUCUCGCCCGGAUGGCAAGAAGUUCUCUUCUGUGUUAUGCUCAAGCAAGCCUGAAUUCCCCAAAGGAAGCACAGGUUCUGGCAUUGAGUCUUGGGAUUGGAAUCUUGGUGGUGACAAGACUACUUACCAUGCUUUGUUUCCUAGGGCUUGGACGACUUAUGAUGGUGAGCUUGAUCCGGAAUUGAGAAUCGUGUCUCGUCAGAUGUCACCUUUCAUUCCACACAACUACAAAGAGAGCAGCUUCCCAGUAACAGUGUUCACAUAUGAGCUCUACAAUUCUGGAACAACUUCUGUAGAUGUCACAUUACUCUUUACUUGGGCAAAUUCCCUUGGUGGGCAAUCUGGAUUUACAGGGCAACACUACAACUCAAAGAUGAAGACAAAAGAUGGAGUUCAUGGAGUUACCUUGCAUCACAAGACAGCAAAUGGACAACCCCAGCUCACAUAUGCCAUGGCAACUCAGGAGACGAGCAAUGUCCGUGUAUCGGAAUGUCCUUACUUUCUAAUAUCUCCUGCCUCCUCCCAAUCCAAAGGAAUCACAGCUAGGGAUAUGUGGGAUGAGAUUAAAAAGCAUGGGACAUUUGACCACAUGUGCUGCAAAAGCCCACCUUCAGAACCAGGCUCAUCAGUUGGAGCAGCCAUAGCAGCUUCUGUAACAGUCCCUCCACAAUGUGUCCAAACUGUCACAUUUGCAUUAGCAUGGGACAGUCCAGAAGUAAGGUUCAGUGAGAAAAUUUACUAUAGACGUUACACGAAAUUCUAUGGCUCUUUAGGGGACGCUGCAGCUAGAAUGGCUUGUGAUGCGAUUCUUGAGCAUGGUCAUUGGGAGGCUGAGAUAGAGGCAUGGCAGAAACCAAUUCUCGAAGACAAAAGGCUACCGGAAUGGUAUCCAGUUGCUCUCUUCAAUGAACUCUAUUACCUGAAUGCUGGUGGGACAAUUUGGACAGACGGAUCGCUCCCUUUGCAAAGCCUAACAUCAAUCAAAGACCAAAAAUUCUCCCUGGAUGGAUCAAUCAUGCAACCAAAGCACCAAAACCACAUCCAUUCACCCAAAAAUGACACCGCGGUCGACAUCCUAGAGAGAAUGGUGACAACCUACGAGCAGAUCAACAACCAAACGACAUCUAACGCUGCAUUUGGCACGUACCUCAUGAGCGAAGGAGAAGAAAACGUCGGCAACUUCCUCUACUUGGAAGGCUCGGAAUACCUCAUGUACAACACUUAUGAUGUUCACUUCUACUCUUCGUUCGCCAUCUUAAUGUUGUUCCCAAAGCUUGAACUCAACUUCCAACGAGACUUUGCUGCCGCGGUGAUGAUGCACGACCCUACAAAGAUGCAGAUCAUGAGCGAUGGGAAGCUGGUUCCCAAGAAGAUGCUUGGUGCUGUGCCACAUGACAUUGGGUUGAAUGACCCUUGGUUUGAGGUCAAUGCUUACAAUCUGUUCAGCACAGCUAGGUGGAAAGACUUGAACCCCAAGUUUGUCCUCCAGAUAUACAGGGAUGUGGUGGCCACGGGCGAUACGAGCUUCGCUAGAGCAGUUUGGCCAUCGGUGUACCUCGCCAUGGCGUACAUGGAGCAGUUUGACAAAGACGGGGAUGGAAUGAUCGAGAACGAAGGCUUCCCUGAUCAGACUUAUGAUGCAUGGCCUGUCCAUGGAGUGAGCUCUUACUGUGGUGGCCUUUGGGUGGCUGCACUGCAGGCCACAUCUGCAUUGGCUAGUGUGAUUGGCGAGAUCGAUUCGGCGAAAUACUUCUGGAUAAGGUACCAGAAGGCCAAAGCUGUGUAUGAGAAGCUCUGGAAUGGAACAUAUUUCAACUAUGACAGCAGUGGGAACCCUUCCAUCCAUGCUGAUCAGCUUGCUGGCCAAUGGUAUGCUAGGGCGACUGGUCUUUCUCCGAUUGUCGACGAGCAGAAAGUGAAGAGUGCAUUGGAGAAGAUCUACAACUUCAAUGUGAUGAAAUACAAAGGAGGAGCUCGUGGUGCCGUCAAUGGGAUGUUACCAGAUGGAAGAGUAGACAUGUCAGGGAUGCAGUCCAAGGAGAUAUGGCCUGGCGUGACCUAUGCACUUGCUGCUUCCAUGAUUCAAGAACAGAUGGAAGACUUGGGGUUCAAGACAGCUUCUGGUGUGUAUGAAGCUGCAUGGUCACAAAGCGGCCUAGGGUACUCAUUCCAGGUCCCAGAAGGAUGGAAUACAGAUGACAACUACAGGUCGCUCUGCUACAUGAGGCCAUUGGCAAUAUGGGGAAUGCAAUGGGCUCUCACCAGAGAAAACCUCAUGAAACAAGAAGUCACCAAUCUUGUUCAUCAGCCACUUACAGAAGAAGAAGGUGCAGUUCAUGAAGAGCUUGCUUGGUAUAUAAGGCAACAUGCAGGGUUCAGUAAAGUUGCUAGGCUUCUCAAAGUGCCUGAGGAUGAUGGUGGGAAAAGCUUCUUGCAGACUGCCUUUGAAUUUACCUGCAGCAAAUUGCCAUUUUAGUUUUGAUUGUUAGAACUAUUUGAUUGUAUGAACUGUGUAUAUAAGUUAUAAACCAUUAUAUUGUCAUCCCAUUUUGGUAGAGGUAAUGUCAAGGGAUGUAAUUUAAAGGGAUUUUUGACAAUGAUAUGGAAGGAUCAAGCGAACAAAGGUUUGGUCUAUAGGGGUAUUCGUAUUACCACUGGUUUUGAACAUGAAGGUCUCAGGUUCGAAUUCGUUUAGGUCACCUAACCACAACAAAUAAACCUAUAUCACUCUUAUAAAAAAAAUAACACAGAAAGACCAAUGUGCAAAUGGUUGUACUAUGCUCUACAUACUUCUCUUUGUUAAUUUUAGCGUCAAGUGAUAUUUCGAUAUUAUUUAUGUUUUGAGAUGAGAUUCACUCCGCAAAAAUUUAGUAAUUAAAUAGAUAUACUUCACGUUUAGAUAUAUUUUCAAAUUGGAUGAUUGCAUAACUAAAACAUAUUGGACAAUGAGAACUUCAGUAUCCCUCCAUUAAAAAUUUGAGCUAGUGUCUCAAAUAAGCCAACUAAUAAGUAAUAAGCAAUCUU